UUAUCACAAUCUGACAUUUAACAUAAAAAUAACUAUUCCGCAGAAAUAAAAUGACCUCUCUUUAUUUGGAAAAAUUUGUUUACAACUUUUUUUGAGUGUGUGGCUCUUGUCCAUUUAGACUAGAGAAUAGUCAGUUCCCAGCGGUCAGUCUUUGAACGUUCUUCCAACAGUCUCAGUGGGAGAUGUUUUGUGAAAUCUUACGCAUCUUUGUUCCAGUACCCUCACUGCGAGACAAGCAGCACGCUGAUAAACACUCUCGACACAUGCGAAUUUAGUGCUCUGCGACAUAAACACAGCGCAUCCUGCAGCAAAUCGGAGGGGGACAUUUUACAACCUGUAAGUUAUUACUGGAGUUAUUUAAGUUAUGCUAUUUUGCCAGACCAUCGAUACAGCUUCAAAAUGAACCCUCAUUGCGCGCGCUGUGGGAAAAUUGUCUACGCAACAGAAAAAGUAAACUGUCUGGACAAGUAUUGGCACAAAGGAUGCUUCCAUUGUGAUGUGUGUAAAAUGACUCUAAACAUGAACAACUACAAAGGAUAUGAGAAGAAGCCCUACUGUAACGCGCACUACCCAAAACAGACCUUUACAAUUGUGACAGACACCCCUGAGAACCUACGGCUGAGACAGCAAAGUGAGCUCCAAAGUCAUGUCAAAUACAGGAAGGAUUUUGAACAAAGCAAGGGUCGGGGCCUUACAUUUGUCCUGGAUACUCCAGAGUCACAGAGAUUGAGGAAGACCCAGGAUCAGAUUAGUAAUGCAAAGUACCGUAAGGAUUUUGAGAUGUCAGGUUUGCAUGGGGUCACUCAGGGAAUGCGCGGGACAUACCUGGUACGGGCUCAGAUGAAACCGAACCAUGAGAUGAUGGAACCACAAAAUGGUGUCCACCAGUACAUCAUGGAGACGGACCGAAGACCUGGCGUCAUUGUGGCACCUGUACUUCCUGGUGCAUACUAUCCCAGCGGCCACACCCAUGGGCACAGCUACAUGCAUCAGACCAGCAUGCAUUCACUGAGAUCAGUGCAACUAAGGUCACAACACACAAGCAUGACUGUAUAUAGGGCCCUGUAUGACUAUACAGCGCAGGAUUAUGAUGAAGUAUCAUUUCGGGAUGGAGAUAUCAUUCAGAACGUGCAGCCGAUUGAUGAAGGCUGGAUGUAUGGAACAGUGCAGCGGACUGGGAGAUCGGGAAUGUUGCCUGCCAACUAUGUAGAGGGCAUUCGCUAGG